ACUUUGCAUUACCUAUAGAUCUGAAGACUAUUCAGAUUGAAAACUAAUACCGAUUUCUUAUCGAUGUUUCAGUCAUUUAGUUGUCAUUAAGAAGUGAUUGGAGACCGACAACCAUGUCUACCACCGACAUGACUGUCCCCAACACUUGCGUAGAGACCACACGGAUGAUCAUCACUGCCAUCGAUUGUCUGAAGGGCCGCAAAGCACGACCCGACGAGUCGAAGAUCUGCCACUUCGUCGAGAGAAAGUACGGACUCAAGAGGGAAGACAUCGUGAAAGGCAUCAAAGAGGCGGUGGGCGUGGGAUCUGUGCUGAAAGUGAAGUACAAGGAGUCCGUGAGUUAUCGGAAUCCACAGAAGUUUAACCAAAAGAUGUCAAACCAUAUAAUGGGUGCCAAGAGUUGGAACAUUAGUCCGCAAACUAUCAAACGAUUCCUCCGAGAGUUGCGACUCUUAUGCCGCUCCAGACCUCACGGCGUCUCCCGAGUGGAUCUCACGGCCUCUUUGCGCGCCAACAACCACUUCAUUGAUACCACCGAUUCAGCCGUCGAUAAACUCCUCACGAGAGUCAUUCAAACAGGGUCAGUCAAACAGUUACCAAAUGAUAACUAUGUGGUUGUGUUUGACAAAAGCGGUGAUGCGCUCAAAGGGAACGGCACUUCUUCGGUCAAUGCCUUCAAUACGGAUAGCAUUGGAUCUAAUAGUGAAGACAACGCGAGCACUGAUUUGCCAUCACUUCCAUUGAAUAAUCCGGAUCUAACCGAAGAUUCUUCGACCGCUUCCAACGGAAUGACCGUUAGUUCGGUGUCGGUGUCGGUGUCGGCGUCGCGUAAAAAGGGAGCGCCAGUGAUGGCUCGCGAAAGACCGGUCAGCAAACGGAAGAAAUUCAAGAAGUGUUUGGGUCCCGACUUUAUUGUCUCCUCAGAAUUGGGCGCACAAUACAUGAGGAAUAGCUUUGAGCCGAAGUGUGAUUUGUGUCAACUCAGGACCAAAUUCAACACUCGUGGCGAACAGGAAGAACUGCUCACUUGUAAGGACUGUAGCGCUAAAGCGCAUCCGAGUUGUAUGGACUACAGCGUGGAGUUGGCCGAGAGGUCGAGUCGGAGUCCGUGGCAGUGCAUGGAAUGCAAGACUUGUGAUAUCUGUCACGAUUCCAAAGAUGCCGCAAAUAUGUUGGUCUGCGAUCUCUGUGACAAAGGGUUUCAUAUGAGUUGUCACAAUCCCUCUGUUCUGCUCAAACCAAUCGGCAAAUGGGAAUGUCAUGAAUGUAACGCAAAUAAGAAUAGCGUUGAAGUGACAAACAAAACAAGUCUGAAGUGUGAACCAAACGAAGAAAGUGAUGAUUUGAUGAGUGAUAAGAAGAGUCAACGAAUUCUAAACAAACGAAACUCUGAGACCUCUUCCCUCUCGAGCGUUGCCUCCAAUUCCAAAGAGAAUUAUGGCAACAGUUAUCCAGAAGUGAUUCCAAACCCACAGAAGUGGUCGCCCGAAGACGUCGGGAAUUUUAUCCGAAACAUUGGUUUUCCGGAACAGUCGGUUCUGUUCAAAGAGCAGGAAAUCGAUGGCACGUCUCUUCUGCUAUUGAGACGAUCGGAUGUGUUGACCGGCUUUCACAUGAAGUUAGGGCCGGCGCUCAAAAUAUAUUCACAUAUAAUGCGUUUACAGAAAAAUGAUGAAUAGUUUGUUUUCCUUUUGUUUUUGGCAGUUAUUGUGAUGUUUCAACCGGUAGUUCAAUAUAAAAGUCAGCUAA